UUAGGCAUGAAAAAAGGGCGGUAAUAUACACCAUCCCACCACUUAGUGUUUUUUUUCAUUUCUGAGACCUCGAAAUUUGUGAGACCUGAGAGACCCAUUUCCUCUCCUUCAACAUUUCCUCAAUUCCAGUAGAGAGACCCAAGAGACCUGAAAAUUCCUUUCAUUCAAUUCCUUCAACAUUUCUGAGACCCGAGACCUAUUUCCUCUCCUUCAACAUAUCUCAGGGGGCUAUCGAUUUACUCCUGACCAUCUACAUCACCACCGCAAAAAGCAGCCAUGGCGCUGACCUCUCUCCGCCUCCGUCGAACUAUCAGCAGCACCAUCUCCACACUCGGUCGCUCUCUCACCGCGACUUCUGCAAUUUCUGCAUCGUAUUCCUCAUCACCUCCACUCCAGGGCUUCAUUUCGAUAGAUUUCCCUACUUUGGUAGAGCAUUCAUGGCCUCUGCUCCGUCAAUCUCGCCAGUUCAGAUCGUCGUCUCUCUCGCUCUUGUCUGCCCGAUCAGCAUACGGCAAUAGCAACAACCAGAACGAAGAAAUUGGGCCCGACAUGAUACUGUUCGAGGGAUGUGACUACAACCACUGGCUCAUCGUCAUGGAUUUCCCCAAGGACCACAAACCUUCCCCUGAAGAAAUGGUUCAUACCUAUGAGGAAACCUGUGCCAGGGGCUUAAACAUCAGUAUGGAAGAGGCAAAAAGAAAAUUUAUGCUUGUAGCACAACAACUUACACAGGCUUUCAAGCUGUAAUGAUCGAAGAAGAGUCAGAGAAGUUUAAUGGUCUACCUGGAGUUAUCUUUGUACUCCCUGAUUCUUACAUCGAUCCACAAAACAAGGAGUAUGGAGGUAUUUAACAUGAACUUUUGUUUGUUUGUUACAAUAUCUAUUUAUUGUGUACUCAGUUGCAUUUAUAUCCAA